CGCAUGUGAAGUGGCGACGAAGUACAGUAACAAGCAAAGAAAGGUUAUUCCAUAGUGACUGGCAGGAGCUCCAGCAUGCAGGGUUUGGUGGUGCAGGCACUGGUCAUGAGGCAGCUCGGAAGGCUGAACCCCUGCCACCUGCUGGCUGCCGGAUAUGGGCUAAGGCACACUGAAUGGUGUCCCAGGGCCAUCCACACACGCCAGCUGUGGGGCAGUGCGGCUUUCCCUGGACUCGGCUGUCACAGGCCUGCUUUCCGUGGCAGAGACGCUGUCAGGGGCUGGUCUGUCCAUCAUCUGAGGUUUAAAAGCAACAAGAAGAAAGGUGCUGCUAGGGCAACGCAGGAGGAAGAGGAGGAAGAUGAGGAUGAGAAAGACCCUGAGGACAGUGAUUAUGAAGAUGAGGUGGACGAGGACCCAAAUCUACCAAAGGACUAUAAAGACAUGGAGAAAUGCGUGCAGUCCUUUCGCUAUGAUGUCAUCAUGAAAGCUGGCCUGGACAUGGCACGCAAUAAAAUUGAGGACGCCUUUUAUGACAGCAAGCUCAGGCUAAAUGGACAGAAACUCAUCAAGAAAAGUAAAUCGGUGAAAGUUGGAGACACCUUGGACCUGGUGCUGUCAGACAACCGAGACACAAACACUGUUACUCUAAAGAGAGUUAUCCUUCGGAAGAUUCUGGGCGAAACAACAACCACAGAAAAGUACAAAGUUUCCGUAAGGCGCUGGAAAAGUAUUGAGCUUUCUAAGGAUGAGGCCUUUAAGCCAUGAACAUGAACAGGACAGUACUGACUUUGAUGCCACUGGCCCAUGAAAGCAACAACACGUGCAGAAACGAAUAGCGUCAACCAAGUGGCAUUUGAACAGCCUCCAAUAAGUUGGAUCUGGAGUGGAUUACAAAGGUUCCAACAGUUCUCAGUGGUUGUAGACAUGAAGCAGUUGGUUGGGAGAAAGAUUUUGAAUGCUUUUCUUUCUCCACUAUGCUGUGAGACUACCCCAAUAAAGGUGCACUUUGAAGUUGUGAAAUGUGAAAAUUAUGUCCUGAUAACUUGAUGAAGAGCAUGUGACAGUCUUGCAAGUUCGAGUAUGUUGGGCUACUCUUAAUAUAUUUUAUGUUAACACUAACACUAUGUGAACGCAGUACAGAACUUGUUGGGGAGAGUUCAGCAUCAGGAAGGGGCCUCCUCUCACUCAUCUGGGUGUAAAACUGCAGUCCAUAUCCAUAUAUCAAUAUUUAGUGCUAUUAUGCUAAACCAUCCAACCAUA